AUGCGGGCUUCGGGCACUGGGAAAGAACCAAAGGAGGAAGCAGGAAAAGCUGGGUGCCGUAAAUGGGAAAGGGGGCUCAGCGGGGUGCGGGAGCGGAGGGGGCGCAGCCGCCUGGAGGAGAAGUUCUUGGAGGAGAACAUCUUGCUGCUGCGGAAGCAAUUGAAUUGUUUGAGAAGAAGAGAUGCUGGUUUGUUGAAUCAGUUGCAAGAACUUGACAAGCAGAUAAGUGACCUGAGACUUGAUGUAGAAAAAACCUCUGAAGAGCACCUGGAGACAGACAGCCGACCUAGCUCAGGGUUUUAUGAGCUGAGUGAUGGGGCUUCGGGAUCCCUUUCUAAUUCCUCCAAUUCGGUAUUCAGUGAAUGUUUAUCCAGUUGUCAUUCCAGUACCUGCUUUUGUAGCCCCCUGGAGGCCACCAUGACCAUCUCGGAUAGUUGCCUCAAAUCUACAGAUGUGAAUCCCAAGUACCAGUGUGAUCUGGUAUCCAAGAACGGGAAUGAUGUGUAUCGCUACCCCAGUCCGCUCCACGCCGUGGCUGUGCAGAGCCCCAUGUUUCUCCUCUGUCUGACGGGCCACCCUCUGAGGGAAGAGGAGAGGCUGGGGCACCAGGCCGGUGACCUCUGUGUCGCGUCCGAACUGGACGAUGGCACCAAGACGGACAGUUCCUUGCCGUCUCCAAGCGGCCUGUGGCCUGCUUCCCACGCUUUGGGCACUAAGAAAAUGGAUGGCUACAUCCUGAGCCUGGUUCAGAAAAAAACCCACCCUGUAAGGACCAACAAACCGAGAACCAGUGUGACCGCGGACCCCACCAAAGGGCUCCUGAGGAACGCCAGCGUGUGCGUCAGGGCGGCCGCGGGCGUCCCCCAAAGCAACGGUGUGAACCUCAAGACUUCCAAGCAGGUGUCUUUGCCCGCCGCGGGGACGCCGCCUUCAGACAGCGGGGCCUCCUCGCCGCUGAAGCAGUGGUCCAAGGACCCAAAGGCCGAGCAGCUGGAAGGCCGCAGGCCCUCCCCGCCCGAGGGCUGCUCGGCCGCCAUCGUCUCUGAGCCCCCAAGCGCCAAGGCGGCCUCCCAAGAACACGCGUGGGGUCCCACUGCUGGGCCCACGGAGUCCCUUAAGGAAGGUAGUCAGCUCUCGGCUGGGCUUCCCAAAGACGGCCCUGGCGGGGGCGCCGGCGCCGGGCCAGAGAGCAAAGUCCUGCCACCCCCGAAGAAGAUGGCGACCGCGAAAAGCAGCCUGCAGGCCUCCUCGGCCCCCGGGCCUCCUCCUCCUCCUCCUCCUCCGCCGCCGCCUGCGGCCUUCGCUGUGGAGGACAGGCCGGGCCUGGACUUCAAGAGCGAGGGCUCCUCGUCUCAGAGCCCCGAGGAGGGACGCCUGGUGAAGGCUCGGUUCAUCCCGGGCCAGGGGCCCGACUCCGAGUACUCGGCCGAGUGCGAGUCGCUCUUCCACUCCACCGUGGUGGACACCAGCGAGGACGAGCGCAGCAACUACACCACCAACUGCUUCGGCGACAGCGAGUCCAGCGUGAGCGACGGCGAGUUCGUGGGCGAGAGCACCUCCACCAGCGACUCGGAGGAGAGCGGCGGCCUCAUCUGGUCCCAGUUCGUCCAGACGCUGCCCGUGCCGGCCGUCGCCGCCCAGGACCUGCGCCGCCACCCCGCCAAGGCCUUCGUCAAAAUUAAGGCCUCGCACAACCUCAAGAAGAAGAUCCUCCGCUUCCGCUCGGGCUCCUUGAAGCUGAUGACCACGGUCUGA